GCACCUGAAGAGGGCCGGAGCGGCGGUCGCAAAACGGAAGAUGACGACGCAGGCGGACGCGGCGGAGUCGAAGGAGCUCCGCCUCUACGGGAUCCUGCGGCCGAUGCCAGUCUCGGACGCCCUGCACAAGUUCGUCGGCGCGGCCCACAUCUCCCGCGCCGGCGCCAUCAGACUCAUCUGGCACUACAUCAGGUGCAAGGGUCUGCAGAGCCGAGUGUACAGAAGGGAGAUCAUCUGCGACGAGAGGCUCAAAAGCAUCUUUGCUGGGAGGGACAAGGUUAACAGGAGGGAGAUCACCAAGCUGUUGUUCCCUCAUUUCCUGAAGACUAACUAAAGCAGCCGGGUGGGGCCAACGCUGAUGCUGCUUUCUGCCCAAGGCCAGUGUUGGAAGGCUUCUUUUGCGAUCCCUGACAAGUCAAGGUUCUUCUAGGUAGUUAAGCCGAUGUUACCGAGUUAAGACUUCAGACUUUGUUUGACAUUUAAGGUUUGGAGCUCAGUGAUGCGUCUCGGAAAAGGAUUCCCUGUUUGUUGUGAGUUGUAGCACCUGCCAUCCUGCGAGGGCACCUGCAUUCACGAUGAUGUGGUUUGGCAUGUUUAGUUUGUUAAUUCCACUCUGUUUAUCA